AUGUUUCCCCGACAAAAACUGUGGUAUCUUGAAGUCAUUGCUGUGCACCCUUCGCUGCAAUCACGGGGACUGGGCGGUGGUGUUAUGAGGUGGAUCUUGGAGCAUGUUCGCGAUGAACCGAUAUUUCUCGAGUGUACCAGGGAAGACAACCUUACGUUUUACCAGAGCUUUGGGUUUGAGGUGGUUGAGGUGGUGGAAUUGGCAGAAGAGGAUCAGACCGGAGAUGUGUUCAAGCAUUGGGUUAUGGUUCGUCCGGGCAAGUCAUAA